UUUAGACGCGCCUUGCAAGUGGGUCGGGCUGAGUCAACAUACGCACAGUCGGGCUAGCUCAUCCCUAUAUUCGAGGCUCCUUCCUGCCCCCGACCUGGAAGUGUUUCACAACAGACAAAUAUCAGCCCGACAAACCCACUCGACCCGCUAUUGUCGGGUUCGUGUGAACGCCCUGGCUAAUUGAUUACCAGGCUACUUAUGAGGACCCUGCCGACCUCAGUACACCGGCGUUCUUUAAGCGCGCAGAAUUCGAUUCCUUAAGGGUGCAAGAGGAACAGCGCGCGGUCCAAGAAGAGUGGGAAAGAGUAACGAAUGUUGUCGGUAUAGGGACUGUGACAUUUUGUUCGCGUAUUAUCACGUAUGAAGAAGCGCUUUGCCACUUCAAGGAGAGAGACUUGAGUUCCGUCAUGUCUGCCAUCAGGCCUGUGAUCCAGCGGAGAGGGAUCAAACUGAUUUUGCACUGCCUUUUCGGUCCGCCGCGCUUGAAGUUGGGACUAGUGCCGGCCAGAGACUUCACUUUCGCCUUGGCCCAGUGUCCAUUCGAUAACGAGAACACGCUGCAUUUGGAGAUUCUGCAGACAAUCUACAGGAAACUCACGAACACUGUAUAUGACUGCCCGAGGUACGGCAGUCAUUGGGAGAGAAUCGGGUUCCAAGGAAACGACCCAGCCACCGACUUGAGGGGCGUUGGUCUGCUUGGUAUACUGCACCUUCUCUUCUUGACUACAGGCUUUGGGAACAUAGAACUCGUUAACGACAUUUACAGCCUUUCGCGCGAUCGAGAACAGAACUUCCCGUUUGCUCUGAUGAGCCUCAACAUCACGAAGGUGUCCAUAGAGGCCCUCAGGGAGGAGGUACUGAACAGGUGCUGCAACGAAAGAAAUGACGUCAUGGAUGUUGUGAAUGAGUUUUACGCUGGCACAUUUUUGCUGCUCUACCUGUCUUGGAGGAACAAAAAGCUGACGAUUAAAGAUUCCGGAUUCAUUUUGAAAGAGACAUCGUUUUUCGCAAAGAAGAAGCCCGGAUACGUGCUUCAGAAUUUGAGGGAGUACCAGGAAGAGCAGAGUUCUUUGGCGACUUCGCAGGUGUUCACGAAUUUGGCGGCGAUUGAAGCUCAGUGAGGCAACCGCAGAGCUGCCACUUACCGUUUACGGUGGCGACCGUGCAGAUUGGUAUAACCGUGGGCGCCACAUAUGCGCCGCAUAAGGACCCGUGUGUGAGAAGUGGUGCGGCCCAAACAUGAAAGGGCACUGUACCGUCAAAAGAAAGAAAGAAAGAAAACCGUGUGCGCGUGCAACUAUAGACUGAACAUUUUGUGUCGCAAACGCACUCACAGGCGUGUUUGUGUAUCACUUCGUAUCGGUGACGUCGUUUUCUAUGCGAAAAUAAUAAAUAUAAGGACCAUAUAAGUCGAGACUGAAAUUCCCGUUGAACAAGAAAAUGUUGUAAAGCAAAGCUCAUGAAAACGGAAGAAAGAAAAGAAAAAGAAAGCACGUGGGGCUACCGAUUUGUAUAUAUAUAUAUAUAUAUAUAUGUAUGUAUAUGGUUAUUGUAAAUAUAUCAAUAAAAGGCAGCCCUAUUAUUUGGAAAUUAAUACGAGUACAUAGACCGUAAUGUGAAAUAAGCUAGCACGAGAAGCACUGGUUGUGAAAGCACGGCUUAAUUUCUGCAAUAAAACAUGAGUUGCGACGUUG